AUGGGCAACCACUGUACUCGAAGCGAACCCGAUGACAAUGUAACUCGGACAACAUUUACGAUAGGCAAAGACUACCAAGAACUAGAAGGUCAGACGUCAGGCGAAGGAAUCAAAAAAACCAUCUCAUGGAAAGCUACAGUAACCCGUGCACAAUUAGCAGCUAAACGUGAAGAAUUUUGGAGAACUCGCACAUCCGGCAGAAGACAUAUCUGAAUGGCAAUUAAGGCUGCAGUAGAAGCAGAUCACGAGUCCACAGCUGUUUUAUUACAAAUGUCAGGAAUCACAACAAGGAAUGGAUCAGUUUCUUGCUGUGUGGAUUUAAAUGGUAACGUGUAUGACGUUCCUCCCUUCAUUGUUAACGAUCCAGUAAUCUUCCCUGAAGACAAAAAGCAGAGAUUGGCGCCUAAAAAAUAUAUAUAUAUAAAAAUGGCAUAGUGAGCCUAUCCAACCUCCUAACGCCUGUAACUGGAGAAACCUGGAACCUUGUGGAAGGGAGUCUUGUCGUUCGGUAUGUGUGUAUCCGGCCAGGCUUUACUUGAUUUAGUGGAGCGCAAUUUUCGGAUAGCAGACCCAAGACUCACAUCCAGGUAGGUUUUACCUCGGAGGAAGAUGGAGCUUGGAGUUGGAAAGGGUGUUCCAGCAAUAUCAGUAAGGUUCCUCCUGGUCGAUUAGGAACGUUCCCUAGGCGUUGCGUCCUGGAUCACGCAUUUUCAUAUUGGCCGACAGGUGACCAGAUAUUUGUUUUUCGAGAUUUCUAGAAGCCAAACCUCGUCGACGUAUAGACGGCGGCCAAGCUUUCCGACUACCAGGAAGCAUGUGCAGGCCCAUGUCCUUGAAGGUCGUGAGACUUUAUCGGCGAAGCAGACGAGUAACAGUCAUAGAGAAAUAAGAAUCUUCGGAUCUCGACAGGGAUCUUUUCCAUAAUCUAUCUAAGUGUAUCUGUAAGCCGCCUAAAAAACCUAUCGAAAACGAAAACAUAAAAAUCAAGCUCCGAAGAGCUGGAAAAAUUGGUGACUUUGAUUUUGAAAUUGAAAGCAAAAAUCCUGCAAAAAUCGUAAAAGACGCGUAUGCGGAAAAAGAAGGGAUUAGUCCUUCAACCGUAAGACUGUUUUUCGGAGGAAAAGAACUCAAAGAUGAAAUGAGUCUGGCAAGCGCUUUCGUAAGAGAUGGAAUGGUGCUUCAAGUGUUUAUUAGAUCGGCUGCUUAA